CAAAUGUCGAGCGCCGCUUACUUGACGUUUGACGUUCACGUUUUAGAGAUGAAAACUUCUGCCGCAACCUCUCUUCUUCAUCAAAACCAUGAAGAAUGAACUCUGAGUUGGAAUCAGCUCUUCCUCCAGUUAAAUUGGUUGGCAAGAAUUCUGUCAAAUAUGGACAUCCACCGUCUGCUCGGUUCAACAGGGUAUCGGAAAGGCUCCGAAAAACCGCAUCGAAGGAUCUUCAAUGUUCUAUAUUUUGCGCUGGAGGAAGAUGCAAAUAUGAAGGAUCUGCGAAUUGGUGUAAAGAGGAUAUGGCCAUCGAUGGUAUAUAUUCGCAUUGGAUCACCAGCGAUAUAUUGGCCAUGUCAAGACCAAGUGCGGAAGUCAUACAAAAGUUUAAAGUCAUUCAGCAGUUUAAGGAUAACGGCAUAAAAUCGUUAAUUAAUUUGCAACAGAGAGGAGAACACUCGAAAUGUGGAAGUCCUUUAUUAGAGUCGGGAUUUACGUACGAUCCUCAGCUUUUUAUGGAUAACGAUAUUUUUUAUUACAACUUCCAAUGGAAGGACUACGAUAUCGUGUCGCAUGCAACGUUAGCAGAUAUGGUAAAAGUGAUGACUUUCGCUCUUUCUGAAGGAAAAAUAGCCGUACAUUGUCACACCGGACAGGGUAGAACGGGGGUGCUGAUUGCUUGUUUUCUCGUUUACACUUUACGCUGCAAACCGAAUGACGCUAUCAGAUAUGUCAGACUGAAAAGGCCUCUAUGCAUUCAGACGAAAAGUCAUAUCGAAUGCGUCCAACAGUUUGCUCAAUUUGUUGUCCCUUUGUUUGUUAUAUUCGCCAAUGUAAUACCGCGAUCUUAUGGAUUUACCAUAAAUCAAUUUCUGAAACGUCAGAGGUUUUUGUUGCACGGUGAAGAAGCCAGAUUAUUGAAGUAUAUACCAAAGAUCGUGUAUAUUAUCUGCGAAAGGCUGCUAGUUCUUCACGAACAGAGGAAAAAGAAAUUCCCCGAUUCCGGUGUGGAAAUCUCGUCGUGUGGUAACGAAUGUAGUGAAUUACGUAACACACCCGGCUAUUUUUCUGCAUCUUCCCACAAGUGCCACUGGUGUCGUUUAUCUCAAUGGACUAUAGAACUGUCAUCCGAAAAUGCAUCUUCCAAACCUUCAUUAACAGAUAGCAACGUCACAGCAACCGUAGUGGAUAACAAUGUACAAAAUCCACCAGAAGAAGAUAAUUUCGAUACCCACGUAAGCGAAACACCUGAAGUGAUAGGUGAUGCCGUGCUCGAACACUUAAACAGUUUGUAUCUCGGAGCACCCACCACUCACAGGAACCAGAUCCUACCUUGUAAUGGCAAUUACGAGUUCGACGACGAUUUCAAUUGUGAUAUAUACGAUAAUAUCAUCGAUACAAUGUUAAUAGACGAUUCUUCGCCGGAUGAUCUCUUCGGCCAUACCGGAUAUAGUGUAUAUCCACCUCGACCCCCAUCCGAAUUGAGCACUAGUGAUGCCGAAGACGAAGCCAACGAAAACACAGUGGACAUUGCAGAGGCACUACUUACGGAUCAUCAGGUGUUGGGGAGCGAAUACAACAGUAAAAUCAGACACAUACAGAAAGAUCUAAACAACCGUAAUUCGGCGUGGGAAGAACUUUCCGCAGAAACCAAUGCCAUUUUUCUUUCAGGAUUAUUAUGGUCGUGGUUAGAACAUUUGAGGAUUCCGGUUCUCAGCAUUCAGGAUCUAGCAAUAGUUGUGGUUUGGGCCAAAAAACCAAGGGAGUGCCUUCUUAGGCUUGACAACGGUACGCGAUACACGACGGAGUACUUAAUACGUUUUAUCGCUCGUCUUCGUCCUGCAACUAAUGAGUUGCUGGAGGAGUUGCUUCGUCGUUUGGUUGCAUCCCUCGUCCAACAGACACUUUGCAUCAGGGGAGUGCAACGUCCGGUGGGUAAUCAGUGGGGGAAAUUAAGAGAGGGAACAACCGCCGAAGUCAUGAGUUUCGUGCACGGUUUGUAUGAAUUAGUGGUGAAGAAACAUUUAGACAAUGAUAAAAUAUGAAUUGUGAUAUUCUUCCUUCCAUAAAUUUGUACAGAAAGUCAUAAUUUUUGAUAUGAAAGUUUUCCUAUCAUGAUGUAAAUAAAACACCACGCAAGUAAUAAAGAACAGAAAAAGAAACAUUGCAUUUUUACAUGCAGCUUAAUGUGUACGAGUUGUUAAUGUGACGUUAAUAUCGUGUUAAAGGGUUUUUUUAAAAGUGUUCGAGCGUGUUAAACCGAUAAAUCAUUAAAUUACACACUACGAUACGAUUUAAUCGAUUUUACCAAUGAUAAUGCGUUUAGAUAGGAAGAUCGAUUUUUAAAAUUGAAACUCCUUUUUUUAUAUAUAUAUAUACUAACGAGAAAAUAAGUUUAAACGCUAUCUCUAUAGUUACCGAUGGCGUUAUGAAUAUUAAUAUAGGUAAUAAACGCAACUUAGUUUAAAAUGCCAGCUCUUAAUUAUGCAUAAAAUAAGAAAACAAUGAAAAAAAAAAUGUGUUAGGCAGAUGUAGAAUGUACAUUUUUAUUAUCAGAAUAUAUACAAAAGAAAGCUAACUACAAUUGCCAUCCCAACUACCUCACUUAAAUAAUCACAAA